GCAGGCAGCGCAUCAGACACCCCGGAACCGGUCGGCUAGGACCCCGGCCGGCUGCCAAGAUGGCGGCGCCCAUAUUGCGAGCGUGUGGCGUCCGGACGCUGCGGGCUACCCCGGAGGCUUCGGCCUCCCGCGCUUACCGGGCCCGACCGCCCCCGCUCCGGCCGCCCAAGCCCUUCACCCCGGACCCGGAAGACCCGAUGACCCCGCGCUGGCAGCUGCAGCCCCGUUUCGCCGCUAAGCAGUUCGGGCGGUUCGGGGCUGCGUCCGGGGUGGCCCCGGGCUCGCUGUGGCCCACGGUCCCGCAGCUCCGGGAGAUGGAGGCCGAGGAGCGCGAGUGGCAGCCAAGUCUGGGCGCCAUGCAGGAGGCGCUGAGGGCCCGCGCCGAGGCCCAGGAGCGAGAGCGCCGGGAGAGGGAGCAGCUCAUCCAGGCCAAAAUGGCCCAGAUGCCACAAAUGAUCAUGGCCUGGAGGCAGCAACAGCGAGAACGCUGGGAGAAGAUCCAGGCAGACAAGGCCCGGAGGGCUCGGCUGCAGGCCGAAGCACAGGAGAAGCUGGGCUAUGAUGUGGACCCAAGAAGCUCUCGCUUCCAGGAGUUGCUACAAGAGCUGGAAAAGCAGGACCGCAAGCGUCUCAAGCAGCAGAAGAAGCAGCAGAAAGAGGCGGCGAGAAUGGAGGCCCUGCAAAAGGCUGCAAAGGCCCCCAAGAGCCCUGUAAGUGCUGAGCAGAAAGAGCAUCAUGACCCAGAGCAGGGAAGCCCAGGCAGUGAGCACAUUCAAAACUCUUCCAAUAAAGUGUAGUGCCCACUA